AACCAAGAAAACUCAAUUCAAGUACUGAACCCAAGCGGGUGUGGGUCCUUCUAAGACUAAACCCAAUCUAAGUUCAAUAAAACGCUUCGAUGAUUCCAAUGAAGAUGGAUAUGGUUCAUUUGGUAGUGGUAGCAAUGGCAAUGGUUGGGGUGGUAGCAACUGGAAUUUGGGUUUGCAAUCUAAGGAAAUCGAUUUGAAUGUAGAUGGUGUUGGAGUUGCUUCUAGCUUUUCUUUUCUGCAUCCAAGAAGCACUCUCUUUGUCAAGCAUGUUUCUUUCCAUUCGACAAUAGGUAUGCAAAAUAGAUUUUAGUGUGCAAUUGAAUUUAUUGAAGAUGAUUGAUGAAAGAAAGCAAGUAUUUAUCG